AUGCUUUCGAAACGAACGCGUCACUUGCGUAAUAUCGCGCUCAUCUUGGCUCUCGCGAUCGCCUGCCUCCCGCACGCUGAGCACGCCGCGGGAUCCGGAGGAGGAGGAAUGUUUGGUGAUGUAAACAUCUCGGCAAUAUUAGAUUCGCUGAGUGUAAGUUAUGACAAAAGAGUGAGACCGAAUUAUGGAGGACCACCUGUGGAUGUGGGCGUCACCAUGUACGUGCUAUCCAUCAGCUCCUUAUCUGAAGUGAAAAUGGAUUUUACUUUGGACUUCUACUUUCGGCAAUUUUGGACGGAUCCACGACUCGCCUACAAGAAGAGGCCUGGCGUUGAAACACUCUCCGUGGGCUCAGAAUUCAUACGGAAUAUCUGGGUGCCGGACACUUUCUUCGUGAACGAAAAGCAAUCUUACUUCCACAUCGCAACAACGAGCAACGAGUUUAUUCGGAUUCAUCACUCAGGGUCUAUUACACGGAGCAUAAGAUUAACCAUAACCGCGUCAUGUCCUAUGGACUUGCAAUAUUUCCCUAUGGACCGACAAUUGUGCAAUAUUGAAAUCGAAAGCUUUGGCUACACCAUGCGGGACAUCCGAUAUAAGUGGAACGAGGGACCUAACUCUGUAGGCGUUUCGAGCGAAGUAUCAUUGCCCCAAUUCAAGGUGCUUGGUCAUCGUCAGAGGGCUAUGGAGAUCUCAUUAACGACAGGAAAUUAUUCUCGUUUGGCAUGUGAAAUUCAGUUCGUGCGCUCAAUGGGCUAUUACUUGAUACAAAUUUACAUCCCAUCUGGUUUGAUCGUCAUUAUCUCCUGGGUCUCCUUCUGGCUAAAUCGAAAUGCUACACCAGCUCGAGUAUCUUUGGGUGUCACCACCGUGUUGACAAUGACUACGCUUAUGUCUUCAACGAAUGCUGCCUUGCCGAAAAUAUCAUACGUCAAGUCCAUCGAUGUUUACUUGGGCACCUGCUUCGUUAUGGUCUUCGCAAGCUUGCUAGAGUACGCGACUGUGGGAUACAUGGCAAAAAGGAUCCAGAUGCGAAAACAACGGUUCACUGCUGUCCAGAAAAUGGCGGCUGAAAAGAAACUACAAAUGGAUGGACCUCCUGGACCUUCUGGACCUGAGCCUUUACCUCCACCAAGGACUACAACGCUAAGCCGACCUGCACCACCGAGUCGAUCAUCUUCUUAUAAUCCCCACACGCAGGAAGUACGCUUCAAGUUUCACGACCCUAAGGUGAAUACGAUCAAUGGAGCUCGAGGCGGACCUUCAACGGCACCAGUCCCUGUACCUGUCUCGGUACCUGUUCCACCAGUAGAUGAGGAAGCUGCUGCACAUUUACUUCAGGCGUCUAAGGGCAUCAACAAACUUCUCGGUACAACGCCAUCGGACAUCGACAAGUAUUCUCGCAUCGUUUUCCCCGUGUGCUUCGUCUGCUUUAACUUAAUGUAUUGGAUCAUUUACUUGCACGUUUCUGACGUGGUUGCAGACGACUUGGUAUUACUCGGCGAGGAAAAU